AUGACUGGUCGUGGUAAAGGUGGCAAAGGAUUAGGAAAAGGUGGUGCUAAGCGUCACCGCAAAGUUCUUCGUGAUAACAUCCAAGGUAUUACGAAACCAGCUAUCAGACGUUUAGCUCGCCGAGGCGGAGUUAAGCGUAUUUCUGGUUUGAUUUAUGAAGAAACUCGUGGAGUAUUGAAAGUAUUUUUGGAAAAUGUGAUCCGUGAUGCUGUUACAUAUACAGAACAUGCCAAAAGGAAGACUGUUACAGCCAUGGAUGUCGUAUAUGCUUUAAAGAGACAAGGCCGUACCUUAUACGGUUUUGGAGGUUAA